GCUGUGAUCCCCCUGACGGACUCGGAGCACAAGCUGCUGCCCGUGCACUUUGCCGUGGAUCCCGGGAAGGAAUGGCAGUGGGGAAAAGACGACAGCGACAACGUCAAGCUGGCCAGCGUGACGUUGUCGCUGGAAGCGAAGCUGCACUUGCUGCACAGCUACAUGAAUGUCAAAUGGAUCACGUUGCCUUGUGACACGCAGGCGCCUUUGGCCCAGCCGGAAUCUCCUACGGCCUCCGCGGGCGACGACGCUCGUUCAGCUGCGGAGUCGGGAGAGUCGGACAAGGAGUCGGUCUGCAGCAGCUCGGCCAGCAACGGCGGCAGCAGGGCUUGCAAGGACAAAGAGAAACCAAAGAAAGAGCGAGAAAAGGACAAGGAAAAAGAUAAAAAACGGGCAGACUCGGUUGCCAACAAGCUGGGCAGCUUCGGCAAGACGCUGGGAAGCAAGCUAAAGAAGAACAUGGGCGGCUUGAUGCACGGCAAAGCUAUCAAGGGCGGCGUGAGCAACGGGCAGGGGGACACCUUGGAGAAGAAGAAGAAGGGGUCCUUGAAGUCGAGGAAAGGCAGCAAAGAGGAAUCUUCCCAAGGGGACUUGUCAGCUCCUGUGGAGAAAAGCUGCGCGGGUAAAGCAGCCCCCGAGAAGCCGUCGGACCCCUACAAAUACAGCAACGACGUCAGGCUGAGCCUGAGCAUCCUGCGGGCCGCCAUGCAGGGGGAGCGCAAGUUCAUCUUCGCCGGCCACCUCAAGACCAGCAACCGGCACCAGUACCAGGAGGAGAUGAUCCAGCGGUACCUCCUGGACGCCGAGGAACGCUUCCUGGCUGAGCAGAAGCAAAAGGAGGCCGAGAAGAAGGCGCUGGGGAGCGCUGCCCCUGCCAAGAAGCUGGAGCCGGAGGCGAACCCCCACAAGGGCGAGGAAGCGAUGCUCCACCCCGCUUACCCCCAGCCUCCCCCGGCCUACGCCAUCCAGACCCCGGAGCUGGCCGUAGGCGCUAAAAUCGCCGCUUUCCCCUCCGGCUAUUCGGGCGUUUUCACCUUUCCCAGACCCUCCGCGGUCAACAGCGUGGAGGGGUCGCACCCCGCCGCCUAUCAACCGAAUCCCUACCAAACCAGCCCUUCCCACCACCUGGGGAGGUUCUCCCCCACGGACACGGACCUCCAGCCCACCUACCCGUCGUCGGAGUGCGAGGGCUCGGCCUGCCUCCCCCCGCACAGCAACGGCUACCGGGAAUACCUCGAGCAGGACAGCUCGCCGAGGGGAGCGCCGGCGGACAAGGGCAGGAGCCGGGUCCUUUACAGCGUGCAGCAGACCAAAUGCAAGCAGCCGAACUGCAGUUUUUACGGACACCCCGAAACCGGGAAUUUCUGCUCCUGCUGUUACAAGGACGAGCUGAAGCGCAAGGAGCGGGAAGCUCUGGUGCACAGGUUCUGA